CUCACACCGUAUCUCCUCCCCUCACCGUCCCAACCCUCUCCGUCCUCCACCUCGACUCCGGGAUCCGGCGAUGGUGGUGGCGGCGGCAGCGGCGGGGGCGGAGGAAUGCACGAAUGGUCCUCCCUGAUCGGUAUCAUCACCGCGCUGGCCGGGAAUGUGUUGAUUUCUUUGGCCCUGAACAUCCAGCGCUACGCACACAUCCGAAUCGAGAGGGAAUGGGAGCAGGAGAAGCUACAACGCGAUAUGGAUUGGAAACGAUCCAGCCAGGGCCAUGGAAGCACCGGUGCUUACGGGUCUGUUGGCGACAACGACCUCAACGGCGAGGUCGGUCGAGGAAGGAAUCGGGCAGGUCGUUAUCGCGAUGAGUCUCCGAGUCCCGAACGCGAGCGUUACGAGGAGCCCCGCGGCAAUUCCAGACGCACUCGCCGCUACAGGGACGACGAUGCAGACUCGCAGGAUCAUAUGCGCGAUUCUAUGGGGUCCGACCGGACCGUCCGCCCGGAGGGCGAUACCUUGCGCCGUAAAUCGUAUCUUCGUUCCCCGUACUGGUGGGUAGGGAUUGUGCUCAUGUCUCUCGGGGAGGUCGGGAACUUCAUGGCCUACGGGUUCGCUCCGGCUUCGAUCGUGUCGCCUUUGGGUGUUGUGGCUCUGAUCUCCAACUGCGUCAUCGCGCCCAUCAUGCUGAAGGAGAAAUUCCGGAAGCGCGAUCUAUGGGGCGUGCUCGUCGCCAUCGCUGGAGCGGUGGUCGUGGUUCUCAGCGCCAAGUCCUCGGAAGAGAAGAUCGGUCCCCAUGAUAUCUGGGUGAUGAUCACGCGCUGGGAGUUCGAGCUGUAUCUGGGCGUCUCGGCCGCGUUGAUUGUCGGACUCAUGUGGGCCAGUGGCAAGUAUGGGUCGCGGUCCAUCUUGAUUGAUGUUGGACUGGUGGCAUUGUUUGGUGGAUAUACCGCUUUGUCGACAAAAGGCGUUUCGUCACUGCUGUCAUUUACACUGUGGCAUGUUAUCACAUUUCCAGUCACCUAUCUUCUGGUGUUUGUCCUUUUCUUCAGCGCUCUGAUGCAGAUUCGGUACAUCAACCGAGCCCUGCAACGCUUCGAUUCGACCCAAGUGAUCCCAACUCAAUUUGUGCUCUUCACGCUAUCUGUGAUCAUCGGAAGUGCCGUCUUAUACCGGGACUUCGAAUCAUUUACGGCAGAUCGAGGGAGCAAGUUCGUGGGGGGCUGUCUCCUGACAUUCCUGGGGGUGUAUUUUAUCACCAGUGGCCGGGUACGUGCGGACAAUGAGUCUUCUUUCUCCGCCGACGACGAAGAAGAGGCCAUUGGCCUGCUGUCAGGAGAACGCUACCAUGACGAUGUCGACAUGCCGCCUCCUCAUGUGAGGAGACACAAGGGACAUGACUUCCACGAUGAUCACCUACAGUCUCCCUCGGGUUCGCUCCUCAGCCACCACCUCGAGGACGUCGAUGACAGCCAGCAGACCCCCCGGGGCGUUUUGUCGGCCGCACCAUCUUCCCCAAUCGGCUCGUUGACCGCUGAAUCCCUCGAACCGGUGUCAGCGCCUUCCUCGCCCUUGCAGGCCCGGUCACUUUUGACAAACCCAUGGGCGGACUUUCAAGAGCCAGCCAUCCAAACCCCGAUGACCGAGCCUGCAAUCAUUCGUCCGUCCACCCCUCCAGCUCAAUCCGGGCCCCCGACACAGAGUUCGCCCUUUCUCCUCCGUUUCCCUCCUGCGCCUGGCGCCGAGGACCAUGAUCUGGAGGGUCCAACCUCUGGAACCAUCCGCACUCACCCAACUAGCCGCCCCAAUGUGGUGGUGCAGACCCCCCCAACAAGAACUAUCCGCAACUCCUUCUCCAACUUCUCACCCGGCCCCUUCUUCCGACAAUCUCCGCUGGAUUUAGCGCCGUCUCCCAGCAAGGGACGAAAGCUACGGCAACGGAUGGGUCGGAGUAAACAACUCAGCACGACAUUCCUGGAGGGGUUCUCCCGGAAUCGAGACGGCGAACCCAGAAACCUCGAUCAGGAGUCUGCUGGAAACAACGAUGGUCAUACUUCCCGAUUGCCGCUGCAUAACAGCGGACUGCAUACCACGGGCGAGCUCGCCACAGCUCCUGUAAACACCGGGAAUCCGACUCCCACCGAGGAUGGAUCCAGGAACCCGCGCGUGGACAAUACCGCCUCCCUCUCGCGGCUUCGCAGCUUCAGUGACUCGUGGAGCGGAGGGCUGGCCUGGCUCGGCGGCGUUCUCCACAAGCCUGGUGCGAACAAAGGUCUCGAUGCGACGCCCCCCCAGGAAAGUGAACUUGAACACGGUGUCGACUCGUCGAAUGCCCAAGACGCACAGGGUGCAGGUACGGGUGCGGGUGCAGGCGCAGAUACGCAGGCGUAAGUGAGCUCCGAUGGUGACGGGCUCUCACUCCUCUUGCUAGUACAUACAUUUUUUGUUUCCCCAUAGAUAUAAUUCGCGGGUGGUGGCUUCACAUCCUCCUGAUAGCAUUAGCGUUC